AUGACAAGCGAAAUAGCUGAAAAAGGAUUCUCUGAUUCUAUCGCAAUCGAAGAAGGAAAGGGACGACCCACGAUACUCAAAGACAAACAUACUGUAUUUAUCUUUAAGCUGCUGGCUUAUGAGCCAACAUUGACAGUCGAAGCUGAUACAAACCACCUGUCAAAAGAAUUUAGAGAUAUACAGAUCACU